AUGGAGGUGAAAGUUCCUUGUUGUUACUUUCAUUUUGCAGGGAAAACUCUACAUCACAAGAUUAUCCAUGGCUUUUCAGACGCAUCUAAAAAGGUGUAUGCUGCUGUUGUUUAUCUUAAAACUGAACAUGGAAAUGGAAAUAUCGACAUCAAGCUUAUCGCAGCUAAAACACAAGUUGCUCCACUAAGUAAACAAUCCAUGAUUCGCUUGGAACUUCUUGGCACACAUACCUUGGCACGACUGGUCAAGUCAAUAUUACAAGCUUUUCAAUCCAUGAAAAUUGACAACAUUUUCUUAUGA